GUCGGUUAGAUCUGUACAACGAUAGCAACGGAUGUAAGGUACUAUAAAGCCAUCCCAGAAAACGAGCAUCUGAUCUUCCGGUAGCUAUCAAAUUUCGAACGGUAUUCCCGAAGUGGGCAUGUAUGGGCACGAUUGGCCCCCAAACCUGACAUUUUCAGGGCUUGGGCAGACGCUGACACCUAUCUGCAUGCAUGUUGGUACCAAUAAACGGCAUCUCUUCCAUGAAUUCCGUACGAUGCCAACAGGGCAUUUCUAAAGCCCCAACAUUAGCUACCAAAAAACUCGACUUGAUGCGCCUGUAUUACCAUCGACCCUCCUUAAUCUUCAUGGCCAUAUACCUGAGAGUGUCAAUUUUCUAAAAGGCUUUAAUAGCUCCCCUUUUGACCAGCAAGAUGUUCGUCUGCCCCAGAGAAGAGGGUGGCGGAGCUCCUCUGCCUGAUGAUCCUCACGCUCCCCACCUCAGCGUCUUCCCGAACCUGGUCGAGAUCCAGGAAGAGCUGGAGCAGGCGGACGAGGAGUGCUUCGGCUGGACCACGGCCAGACACGCGCUCGGAGACAUCACGCUCGAGGAGUAUUUCGACCGCCUGAUCGAUCACAUCCGGGAGGGCGGGGCCCGCCAUGCCUGGGACAAGUCCAACUCUAAUAUCGCCCAUGCCCUGCAGGCAGACCUGAUCGCCGGAGCGUUUAAAUCUAGAAUGCUAAAGCGCAAUCUGGGGAGAUUAUCGCAUGCAGACGGCGAGCAGCUCAAGGCCUUGUGUCUCCUUUUUUACCGCGAGGCCGAAGUUGCCAGGCUGCAACGUCGCGUCGAGCUCGACAUCGGAGUGAGAUUAGCCUCGCUCCCGCCAUGGAUCGUCGACAUCCUGGGCAUUAUUGCCUACGCACGCCGGCAUGUGGACGUCCUCGAGCACCUGGUCAAGCACCACAGGGCAUCUUCAACGAGAGCCAAGACCAGCUUCGACCUCAUCGGCGCGGCGAUCCUGUCCAGCCGGCAGGGCCCCAGCAUCAUAUUUCAGCACUCGCCCAACACCCCACACAACCGCGAGCUGGAGUGGCGGCUGUGGGCAGCCCUGCUGAACGCCGAACCCGGCGCCUGGCUUCACUACCCCCUGCCGGAGACCAAGGACGCCGCCGGUCUGCCGGCAGGCUUGUAUCACGGCCUGCACUGGCUGGCAGACUACUGGGCGAAGGAUCAUCAGCUCCGCGCCUCCCCGGCGUUUACCGAAUACCUGAACGCGCUGAGCGCACGGGGUGUGGUCCUCGGCGCGGUCACCAUUUCACGCUUCCUGUCCGUCACCGAGGGCACCAGCCUCAACUUUGCCAAGGGCGGGCCGUUCGUCCCCGUCGGCGCUGCGCCGGCCCGUACCAUGCUGGACUGCUUCCCGCUUGAGCAUUCGCUGUCGGACGACUACCCCGGCGGUGAUUCGGCCGAGCUGGCGCUGCCCAUCACGCAGUGGCCGACUGACAACCCGGACAGGCUGGUCGUCAUGGAGAUGCUCCUGGAGCAAGGACUGGUUGUCGACGGCAAGAUCGCCGACUACGGCUGGGGACCAAUGGUCGGCAGGACGGAGGAGCAGCUGCAGGACACGUGCCUGAUCAAGGCGGCCGGGCGCGGGGACGCCAAUAUGGUCGAUUUACUGCUCAGGCACGGAGCAGAGAGAGAUGUGCGAGGCGCGCAUGGGCAUACAGCCGCACAGCGUGCACGAGACAGGGGGCAUACGGAGAUGGCCGACUAUUUGGAGACUCUAUGAGACUAGGCAGAAUCGCAUAGAUCCUUAGCGGUUUAGAUCUGGGGAUCCGGGGCCAUUCUCUCUAUUCUCCA